AUGACUUUGGCUGGGCGGCGGCGCGGCAACGACCAGGAUCGGAAGAGGCUCUCGCUAGACCGGGUACCUGCUCGGAGGGCGCGGACAAGCCCCGCCGAGGCUCGGGUGGGUGCGGCACGUCAUACACUCCCCAUCGCGCAAUCCCAAAUGCCUCCCGCCAGCUUAUUCCCGCACAACGCGGGGGAAGGCCAGAUGCACAGGUCUCUUGCUUCCCUCGUCGCAUGCCAUCUGGGGCAUUGGCCCCGACAAACCCCGUUCAGUGCCGCCGUUUGGUCCCAAGCACGUCCCAGCAUUUCCACCCACACACGUAAAAAGAUGAAAAUUUUACGUCAACUGCGACGCGCCAUGUGGAACCUCGUCGUCCCCAACGCCACUAGAUCCUCCCCUGCUAAUCGCACGUACCAUGGACUGGUUCGAUACGCUGCCUUAAGCCGACGACCGCUAACCUCGUCCAUCGCUUGCUCUCGGUCAACUUCGGUCGACCGCCAUCUUGGGAGCGCGCGGGGGAGCCACCACUUGGAACAUUCUAUUACACAUUCACAACGGGCGGAGAGAUAA